CAUAAACAUGGCAGUAGCGCGCGGCCAGCUGUAACUAUAGCUAGCCUUGCCCGCUACUUAAAACAUUGUACGAAAUAAUUAACUACUCAAUGGGAAGUACCGUGACAUUUUCAAGAUAAUGGCUGAUGCAAGGAUCGUAGAAGAGAUGAUAAGCAGUUCAGAUUCACUCCCACAACCCGACAGUCCAUUUGGAAUUGAAACUACACAAUCUGUAGUCGGCACUGACGAGGCCGACGGAUCGUGUGGAAAUGGCCGUGUUGCUAAUGAUACAGAAGUUGGCUGCGACAACUCCGGUGUAAAUUUGCCCGGGCUUGACGGCGCUUCAACUCCGCGGAUCAUCGCUUCAUUGUCGGAAGAUGUCGAGGAGCAUGAUUGUGAUGAAUCGGAAGGUACUUGUGAGGAGGUUGUUCUGCUGGACGAAGUAGGAGAUUGUGAAGAUAUCACGGAAGCUUUCUUCAACCAUCUCAAUAAUGCUCAUGCAGAUGUUGCUACGACUGAGAGUGAGAAGGCUGGACAAGUUGAUGAUGCGGAAAAUGCGGAAAAUGUUCCAGAAACAAAUAAAGCAAGGAGCGAUGAUGGACUGACGGACAACAUGGAUCAAGACAUGAAUGACGACAUCCUGUCAAUCAUGUGCGAUGAGAACGACAUUGAUCAUCUGGAUCUUGAGGAGGAAGUGAAGAGGGAUUGGAACUUUGAAAGUGGCUUGAAGAGAACUAAAAGGAAAUCAGAGUCGCCAGUCAACACCCACAGUAUGUCCAGGCCAAAGAGGUGUCACAGUGAAUCAUUCAAAAACCAUUCUGAAAGGAGAUUCCUGCCUAGUUCUGUGCACGCCCGACUUGGGCCUAGCCCCAAAUAUAACCAGGACAAUGAGCACAAUAACAAUACAUGCUACAGAUUCCUCAAGACUGGAAGUUGUCAUCGACCUUCCUGUCAUUUUCUGCAUCCUCCAGCAACACCCCAAGAUACCAGACAGAUCAGAUAUCACCACCCAGAGAAUUCUGACCAAGUGCAUCUGACUCACCAUGUACAACAGGAGCUACACCAGAUGAAGAAACAGCAGAACUUUCUCUUGCAUAAUAUGCAGCACAUGGAGGUGCAGCUGAAGCAUCAUGCUGCCAACCAAUCACAACAGGUGUACAAAGAGCUGCAAAAUCUUUACCAGAACCUACAGAAAGAGUAUGAAGACAAACUGGCCUACACCCGGGAUGUGUUUACUACCAAGCUGUACUCCAUGAAUAAUGACAACUGUAAGAAUCUCCAAGAGAUGGAGAAACGCCUUAAGGAGGUGGAGUCGGCACUGAAGACCAAAGAUGAACUGUUAUCUCACUAUAGGUAUAUCACCAGUAUUCAAGAGAAACAGAUGGAUUAUAUUAUAUCAGGUUAUAUCAGUAAUGACCCUUCAAAAGGGUCACUUGGGCGAAAGCUUGCAUCUUGGCAAUCUAUGAAGGAGCACUACCUUUCCAUUCUGGAGAGGUCUAAGAAUAGCCCUCCCGGAUCUCAAUCAACAAAAUUAGAAGGCAAGCAGGAUUCAGCACAGGGUGAUUGGCAUAAGAUUUGUGUUGCGCAAUCCCCAAGGCCAAGAUCAGACGAUAAUCAUCCUUGGACUCGUAUCUCCCCUCAAAAUGGCCGCCUUUCUGAUUUUGAGAGGAAUCAUCCACAAAGAUUGUACCUUAGGCAACCAUUGAUUCCAGCUAACACACGAGGUCUGAUUGAACGACCUGUUUAUAACGUACCAUUCAUUCCACUGAGACAUGUCGAUGACUCAGUGCAUGAUUACCAGCAUGCUUCAAGAGUUCCUUAAACCUCAGGAUAAUCUACAAUAGAGCAGACAUUAUAACUAUUAAAAACUCCAUUCUUGAAGGGUCAAAAAGUAGUAAAUGCCUCGAUUGUGUUCGAAGUAGGAACUGACAAUUUUGAAAAGAAAUUCCCUAGUGGUGUACUCUGACUUUCCCAGGUCAGUUGCUCUUUGUAUUCAGAAACUACAGAAACCAUUGAUAUUAACAUUUAGGCAGCAAAGGAGGUUGCCUCCAUGCCCCCUGGUCAUUGCCUUGGUGCCCUUGAAAUGCUCCAGUAGAAAUUUACAAUGUCCUCAUAGGGUGCCCUUCACCAAGGAGAAAAUGCCUUGGUGCCCUUGCUCUUUCAAAAACGAAGCAAGGGCACCUCGUCUACUAAUUUGUUUUGUCGAAAUAUAAAAAAGUUAAAUAAACCUCGACCCCUAAUUUGUUUUUGCCGAAAUUUGAAAAAGUAAAUUAAACCUCAACCACUAAUUUGUUUUUGCCGAAAUAUGAAAAAGUAAACAAAUGUUGAUAAAGUUAUGCCUUUAUUUACUCCACUCUGUUUGUCCAGGAAAAUGGAUAAUGUAUGUUUACAUUCAAAGCAUCAAAGCAACCAAAAGGUUUUAAUUUUGAUUUAAAACCUUUAAAUUUAAGGUUACGCAUUUCAGCAUUUGUUUUCGUGUUUUACAAAAAAAAAUCCAGCUUUUAAUAGAGCCAUUUAUUAAGUUUAUUGUAAAAGAAAGAAAUUAGAAGAUAUUUUUGAAGCGAGACAUUUAUGAAAUCAGGAGAAUUCAAUCUGAAAUGUGUUGAAAACGGGUGUCAAUAACAAUGAGUUGAAGUUUCUUUCAGAUUGAAAGUGCUUAAAGCAAAGUGAUACGGGAAGAGAAUCAAAUUAAGAAUCAUUGUUUCUUGUUAUUACUUUCACAGAUUCUAAGUUUUUGUAAGAUGGACGGAAAUUAGUUCUGAGAGCAAUAAUCAUCUUUUUUGUGCAUUAUGCAUUUUUGUAGUAUAUUUUUCAAAAGAGUUGUAUUUUACAUGCACAGUAUUUUAAGAUUUCUAUUACACAAAACCUUCCAUACUUUUUUACUUAAAGAGUUUAAACUAUACCAGCAAGUUUGUUUUAUGAGAAAAGUUACACAUAGUUACUGUCAGUUGUAGAGUGUAUAUUUUUUUUAAAUACUUUUUAUUUAAUCUUUAUUUUUUACUUGUUUUGUUCAAAGCCAAAGAUAAUGCUAAUGGGCAUGUUUUAUAUAUUUUUAAGAAAAUAUUUAUUUGUUGUUUCACAAGGAAUAGUAAAAUAAACAGAGUAAUUAAGAAAUCUGUUCCUCUUUUUGUUUGCCUUUAAGAUAAGGACAACAAAGAUUUGCCCUUGAUCUUUACGAAGUGCAAUGAGAAAAAGUGUAUUGAUUGCGUUUAUUUUAGAUUGCAAAAGAAUUGCUCUGAGAAAAAGACAAUUUUAUGUUUGAUUUAUUAUUUGUAGUUGUUCGUCUAAAUAUAUAUAGUUUGAUAUGAUUUUGGGAUAGUUUUAUAUUAUAUAAAAGCUAUUUUUAAAGAAGCAUUAUAACUUUUUUGUUAAAAGUACAAAGAGUCUUUCUUUAAAGACAUCUUCUCAUUUUUGCAUGAGAAUCUUUAUACUUUUAAAGUUUAUUUGGUAAACUACUUAUUUACCUGGUAUUACUUUCCUUAAUUUGGAAAACAGUUUUUCAUUUGCUUAAAGUAUAUAUACACAAUACUUGGAUUUGUCAUUAUUUGUUCUUGGGAACGAUAUUGCUUUGUUUUAUUUUGUAUGGUUCAGGAUACCCCCCCCCC